AAAGCUCCGCUCAAGAUGAUGAGGAAAGUGGUUUUGGUGUUGUCUUUUGUGGUGUCGCUGACGAUUGGUCUGCCGGAUGGCGCUCCGCCAGACACGUGCGUGAAGAAUAAUCGGCCAAAUCACGGAAAAACCACGUCUCAGCCCAUCCACACGCUUCCAUAUCAAGUGGUCGCCAGUGCGAACACAUACGCACCAGGAAACACCAUCCACGUGACCAUUUCCGGUGGAGAUGUGUUCCGCGGCUUCUUCCUGCAAGCGCGCGACGCCCAGACGAAUGAGUGGAUUGGUGAGUGGCAGCAGAGCGCCAACACGCAGACCAUUCCCGAGUGCAGUGCCAUCACGCACGCCGACCCGAAGGACAAAGUCCAGGCGACUCUGAUCUGGCAGGCGCCCGCCGACAAGCAGGGACAGGUUUACUUCACUGGGGCCGUGGUGAAGGAUUAUGGCACAUAUUGGACCGACAUCAUCGCCCAAAUUCCCGUCUACCAGCACUAGUUGUUACAACAAAUGUACGCCAAACUUGUGAAUAUUACAGAGGAAGAAAAGGCACACGGGGGCGCGUGAAUGAAAUUGUUUUAUCGUCUCUCCAAUAUUUUCUCAUUUUUUCUUUCUGUAUGCGUUUCUCUUACCUUUUUGCACACUAUGUGUGGGCGUCAAAUGAAAUUCAAUUCACUGAGAGAAGGAAUAAAUAUAAGAAGGGAUUGCCUGUACGAAUUUUUCAAUCUCUUUCUUCUCCCACUCCAAUCUGUUCCUCUGAAGCACACCUUUUCCCUUCCUCAAAUCUACAUUCCUCAACAUAUAUUGCACUUGUGUACAUCUACAUAUAUAGGGUUAGUGAAAAAUCAACCAAUUCUCCAUCAAUAUUUCAUCAUAUUGAUUCCGCCAAUGAGUUUUAGUGCAGAACACGCGCGUGCUAUUCGAUAGAUAAAUGGAAAAGUCUCAGUCAAUCUCAGAAGUGAAACGUAUAAUGAGACAUUUUGACGAUUCUUAUUAUGCAAUGAGAAAAAAUUAUUCAUAACCAUCAGAAAGUGGUAAAAAAGUGAAGGAUUAAUCUUACAUAUUGUAUGAAUGGUAAAUUAAUAA